GGUUCUCGACUCCCAGCCUAUUCAGGGAAGUAGCGCCCGGGGAAAGCAGCUCGCCGCUGCUGCCUUGUGCGCAGGCGCCGAGCCGAGGGCCACGGAUCGGGUACCGGGCUGGUGAGUAGGGGCCGGAGGUCCUGGGUUUAAGAAAAGCAAAAACAAACCUCCACCUGCUGGGCUAGUUUCAGAAUGUCAAGUUCUGUGUCUCGGGUCUUUAAUUCUGCUAGGAACCGAAUUGCCACUUUACAAGGGGGCAAUCGCUUAUAUUCAAGGAGUGUCUCAAAUGGGAGUCAGUUAAAAUGGCGACUCCUUUGCAGGGUACCACCUGCCCCAAAAAGCAGAUCCGUUCGUGAUAGCUUCCCUCUGCAAAAAGCCUACAGGCACACAUCAACGGAGGAAGAGGAUUUCCACCUGCAGCUCAGUCCUGAGCAGGUAAAUGAAGUGCUUCGAGCUGGGGAAUCAGCUCACAAGAUUGACUUGGUCAGUGGAGUCCCAAGUUCUGUGUUGCGUUUUGAGAGCAACCAGCUGGCUGCCAAUUCCCCAGUGGAGGACCGGCAAGGUGUGGCUUCCUGUCUGCAGACCAAUGGGCUCAUGUUCGGCAUCUUUGAUGGACACGGUGGUCACGCAUGUGCGCAAGCAGUGAGUGAGAGACUCUUCUACUACAUGGCAGUGUCCCUGAUGUCCCACCAGACUUUGGAGCAGAUGGAGGAAGCGAUGGAGAACAUGAAACCCCUGCUGCCCAUCCUACAGUGGCUCAAGCACCCAGGGGACAGUAUCUACAAGGAUGUCACAUCAGUGCAUCUGGACCACCUCCGUGUCUAUUGGCAGGAACUGCUUGACCUGCACAUGGAAAUGGGGCUGAGCAUUGAGGAAGCAUUGAUGCACUCCUUCCAGAGACUGGAUUCCGACAUCUCCCUGGAAGUUCAGGCCCCUCUGGAAGAUGAGGUGACAAAGAACCUGUCCCUCCAGGUGGCUUUCUCUGGGGCAACAGCUUGCAUGGCCCAUAUCAAUGGUGUUCACUUGCAUGUGGCAAAUGCUGGUGACUGCCGAGUCAUCCUUGGUGUCCAAGAAGACAAUGGCAGAUGGACUUGUUUACCGCUCACUAGUGACCACAAUGCCUGGAAUCAGGCCGAGUUGUCCCGACUUAAGAGGGAACACCCUGAAUCAGAGGACAGGACACUGAUCAUAGAUGACAGACUGCUGGGUGUCCUCAUACCCUGCAGGGCCUUUGGGGAUGUGCAGCUGAAGUGGAGUAAAGAGCUACAACGCAGUGUCCUACAGAGGGGCUUUGAUACCGAGGCCCUGAACAUUUACCAGUUCACCCCACCCUACUGCUAUACUCCCCCCUACCUGACUGCCAAGCCUGAGGUUACAUACCACAGGCUGAGGCCUCAGGAUAAGUUUCUGGUGCUGGCUUCAGAUGGCCUGUGGGACAUGCUGGGCAAUGAGGACGUGAUGAGGCUCGUGGUGGGACACUUGUCCAAGGCGGAUCACCACAAGCCAGACCUGGCCCAGAGACCUACCAACCUGGGGCUCAUGCAGAGUCUGCUGCUUCAAAGAAAGGCCAAUGGGCUCCACACGGCUGACCAGAAUGCAGCUACACAUCUGAUCAGACACGCCAUUGGGAGCAAUGAGUAUGGGGAGAUGGAGCCCGAGCGGCUGGCUGCAAUGCUGACGUUGCCAGAAGACUUAGCAAGGAUGUAUAGGGAUGAUAUCACUGUCACUGUGGUCUAUUUUAACUCAGACUCAAUUGAUGCCUAUUAUAAGGGAGGCUAAGAGUCUCCCAUCCUAUUGCCAAGGCUAAGGCUCGUUAAAAUAUUUUCACAGGCUCUAAAAUCAGUUGUUCAAACCUUAUUGUUCAACAGGCAAGAUAGACCUUGUUGAAUAAUUGACUAACAGGAGAAGGGGAAAAAAAAGUCAGCCUAGAUUUAAAAACAUUAGCAAUGAUUUUAUGUCCCUUGCUGGUGCCUGUCAGAUCUUCCAUGCAGAGAGAACAGAGAAUAAAGACCAUGAAUUAUACACAGUACUUUAUAAAGAUAUUUUUAAACUAUGAUAUCCUGAGUAUUCAAAGGAUAACAUUUAAUCAUGAUUCUGAAAAUAACUUGAGGACCUUCUGAGAUCUAGUUGUAAAGUCUGCAGGUUUGGUAAUUCUGACUUCAGUCAUGUCUUUUUAGGUUACAAAGGUUUUUGUGUUUUGUUUUUUUAAAAUCACUAAAACCUAGGUUUACAAAGUGUACUACAGGACACUUUUCUAUGCAAUAUUUUAACAUUUUGAAAAUGACUAUUCUAGUGACGAUAAUCUGUAACACUGCAUUCUAGUUCUGUUUUAGUUUAUUUUAAAACUACAUCUUUAGACCUGUAGGUAGGCCCAAUGUAAGCAUGUUAGAGACUGCUUAUUUUGUUCUGCAGCUGAGAGAGAGGGUCUAGACCUCUGGCCUAGCUGAAUUAACUUAUGCAGCAGUUGGUCUUGCUGUGGAAUCCCAACCCUGUACCUUUGAGCCAUACUAGGGGGUAAUUUCUAUCUAAUCCUUAACUACCAUCCUUUCCUACAUUAGUACAACACCUGCCCCCUAACAGCCUCCUGCCAAUUAAGCCUUCUGGUUACAUAUUUCAAACCUUCUUCUGUUAAUUCCACCUGACAUAGUCCUUCUUCUGUGUUGCCCAGUCUUACCCUGUGACUACUAGAGUCGUUUACCUAUUCCCUUUGCAAAUGGCUGCAGGAAAAAACACAAUGUGAUCACACAGUAAUUAUGUCACACAUUUAAGGCAAGAAGAGUUAGGCAGAGGUCUGGACACUUGAGAUUGGGCCUGAAUCUGGAGAGGUGAAAAUGGGAUGGGUUUAAGGAGCAUAGCUGCCAGCCAAGGCCCUCUGUCUGCUUCCUGAGAGGCAGGGAGAAAGGGGAGGAGGGACACUUAUCAGAUGGGACACCUGCCCCUGACUGUUAUAAAUCGCCAUUACUAAUCCUCAAGAAUUAGACCAUAUUUAGUAUAGGAGUUGAGCAAACUAAAACCUUAACUUGUCGUGGUUUCAAUGGGCAUCAGAGUUCUUUUGUAUUUACUUAAAAAUUAACCCACAUGGAUCCUUUUUGGGAAAUAAACUUCCUCUUCUGGUGGGUGGCUGUGGCAUUUAAAUAACAGGAAAUGUGUACCCAAAUGGAAACACAAAUAUUUUUAAUGUAUUAAUUCACAAAAACUGACAUCAGACAGAACUCUUCAAUGUGACGCAGCUACGUUGGUUGGUUGAUUACUUGCCUCUGCCCCCCUCAUGCCAGCCAUGGAAAACAAAGCAAGUAACUAGGCUUGGCAUCCUUGAUUUUUGUUUGUGUCCCAGGUAACAUUCUGCCAGGAUUUGGAAUAUAUGUGGCUUUGGGACAUGUCUCUACAUUUUCUUCUUUGUCUCUUUAGUGACAUGGCUUUCUGUAAGAUGUGCUCUUUGGGGGUACUUAACUCUUGUUUUUGUUAUUUUUUUAAAUUCUGAAAUUACUACUGUUCCUUCUGGUCUUUAAGACCUUAAUGCAAAAACAAAUGUGAAUCACAGCCAGCAGUGGUCAUGUUUGCCUGUAAUCCUAGCUAUUUAGGAGGCAGCGGCAGGAAGAUAAAAGUUGGAGGCCAGGUAGGGGCAAAGUUUUAUCUCAGAACAAAACUGAAAACAAAAGAGUAUAUCUCAGGUGGUAGAGUACUUACCUAGGAAGCCGUGGCUCAGUGUCCAGCACCAUGAAAAAAGAAAAAGGAAAGAUAAGCAAGUAUAUCACUAGCAUGUAGGUUUGUUGCUCAAACCAAGGACUCUACUUGUCUGAUAUCUGCUUUGCCCUUUGUUUUUUCAUGCCAGCUAAACCCUGAGCCUUAUUGGCAUACAUAGUGUUUGAUUCCUACUUUGAGCCUGGCAGAGGUCAUAAAAUAGAUCUAAUUCAGUAAUUUGUGAGGCAGUUGAUAGAACACAGACUUCCCACUUGUGUCUCCAAGCUUGUCUGUUUUUUCUCUGCCUAAUAGAUUUCCUGAUUUUUAACUGAUAUAUUGAGAGAGAAGAAAGGCUGACUUAUUGUCUGCCUUCUUCCCUCCUGUCCCCUCUGCCCCCCUCCUCCCCCACUAUGUGCUCUCUGCUCUUCCUAAGCAAGCUGUAAGGAACAUGGCCUUCUGGUUAAACUCCAAUGUGCUUGUCUCCCUAGCUACAGUUUUUGGCAAUGCCCUUUCUGAAGCCAGUUGGCUCCUGCUUAGGACACUGCUGGACAGGAGGCCUGUGGUGCUUGUGACUUCUAAAACCCUUGUGUAUAUAGCACAUUUAUACAGAAAUUCCAAUUUUCAGGCUCUGAAAAUUUAAAUGUAAACAAUGAGGAGGGCCAUUUAUUAUUUUAGAUGUAAUAUGGUGCAAGUAUGCUUUGGUGCUUAAAAUUGAGUAUGAUUUUAGGUAUGAAACAAUCUUAGUAUAGACAUUUUGUGUUUAAAUAGUAUAUAAUGCUAUUGAUUUUUGGAAAUUAGUCUAUGGUGAAGGUGAUAUUAGUCCUAAGUUUAAAUUAGUAUGCUAGAUCAAAUUACUGAUCAAAUUCAGUUUCUGAGAUGCUCGUAACAUUAAAGUGAAUUUAUAUUUAUAAUGGAAAUGUAAGCUUUGGAUAUUUAAAUUGUAAACAUGUUUCUCAGAAGUAUAUUCGGUCUAAAAAUUCUUCAGUUCUAAGUACACUGGGAAAAACUCAGUUGAGAUACAGUUGAGUUGGUGUUUUAUAAAUAUUUGUGAAAUAUAAACUGAAACUUGAGUUAAGAAAGAGAUUAAUUAUGUGAAACAACAAAAAAGUAUUCAGAGUCAGGAGCUAGCUACUUUAGGAGGCUGAGAUCUAAGGAUUGAGAUUUAAAGCUAGCCCAGGUAGGAGAGUCUGAGAUUUUUUU